ACUAAAAGCUCCACUCAUGGUUUCCGGUCUUCAAAAAAAAAGAAAAACCUCCCGAUUAAGCUAGCUUCGAACUUUAACGAACACAUUCCCCAUGUUUGUAUUGGCUUUCCAGCUACGUUAUGCGCCAAAUAAACACUUCUCCUUAUAUUGGGAAUGCUGUUUAACACCCGUGUAGUCCAGCCCGGUGAUGAAGACUCCUAAGGAAAGAUGGAUAAUUAUGUUUUCAUCAGGGUGGUGGGGAAAGGGAGCUACGGAGAGGUGAACUUGGUGAAGCACAGAACAGACCGAAAACAGUAUGUCAUCAAAAAGCUAAAUUUAACCACCUCUUCGAAGCGGGAACGGCGGGCUGCAGAGCAGGAGGCGCAGCUUCUGUCCCAGCUGCGACAUCCCAACAUCGUCACAUACAGGGAGUCCUGGGAAGGAGCUGACCUCCAGCUUUACAUUGUGAUGGGCUUCUGUGAAGGUGGCGACCUCUACCACAGACUCAAACAGCAAAAGGGAGAGCUCCUACCUGAGAGACAGGUGGUAGAGUGGUUUGUCCAGAUUGCCAUGGCACUCCAGUACCUGCAUGAAAGGAACAUUCUUCAUCGGGACCUUAAAACACAGAAUAUCUUCCUGACAAAGACCAACAUUAUCAAAGUCGGAGACCUUGGCAUCGCACGAGUAUUGGAGAACCAGAAUGAUAUGGCCAGCACACUUAUAGGGACCCCUUACUACAUGAGUCCAGAGCUCUUCUCUAAUAAACCCUAUAACUACAAGUCCGAUGUGUGGGCCUUGGGUUGCUGUGUGUAUGAAAUGUCUACACUUAAACACGCCUUCAAUGCCAAGGAUAUGAACUCACUGGUGUAUCGCAUUGUAGAAGGAAGGCUGCCACAGAUGCCAAGUAAAUAUGACCCUCAGCUGGGAGAGCUGAUCAAGAGCAUGUUGUGUAAGAGGCCUGAGGACAGGCCCGAUGUCAAACUUAUCCUGCGGCAACCUUACAUCAAACGACAAAUUGCCAUGUUCCUGGAAGCCACCAAAGAAAAAACUGCCAAGUCAAGAAAGAAUGCUGUUGGUGACUUAAGAAACAACAAUGCAGCCAGUGUGGUUCCCCCUCAGCCAAAACCUGAGCGAUUAUCUCCAAAUCCUCAACCAGAACCUCUUCUCAAGUUGAAACAGAAAGAGAAAUUGCAGCACCACAAAAAUCUGAAUGGUCCCACAGAUGGCAAUCCAGUCCAGAUCACUCCUAAACCUCAUAAACCCUCCUCACCUGAUGUUCCCAAAAGCAGCAUCACACCACUGGCAACUGUAAGCAACGUCCAGAUUGACAUGCAUCCACAGGAGGAUGCAGACGUGAUAAAGAGGCAGAUGGACGCACCCCAGGCUGGGAAAAAAGAGGCCUCUCUACUUCCGACACACAAAAAGCCCCCACUGAAAUGUGUACCAGACAGAAGGCAAGGAGAUGAGAGAAAAGUAUCCAACGGAUUUGAACACAUUCAUCCACUUAGGGACACAUUUUCAGUCCCUGAGAAAAAGGCAGCAGAUGAUGAAAAGGAUGACACUAUGGAGCUCCUUAAAGAGGCUAACAUUCCAAAUCCAAAACUAGAAGAGGCAGCUUUGGAGAGCAAAACUGCACGCGUAAUCAGUAUGGAAAACACUGGGGGGAAUACGGUUAAUGAAAAUGGGAAGAGAUCUCCAGCACAACAGGCACACAUACAAGAAAGUUUAGAGUCGACAGACAAGCUGCUUGAAGCAUUGCCUCCAACUGUGAAACCUAUUGAAGAGGAGUGUGCCUUGCAAAUCAACACGCCAGGUGUAACUUCAGUUGUGAGUACCCUAGAACCAGCCCGCGUACAUCAGCACAGUGGGAGAAACAAACCACAGACACGCGUCAAUCAGGAGAUGAGUAAAGUGGCAGCUCGCAGACCUUUGCCUCCACUUCCUGUUGAAGCAGGAGCGGAGGCAAGGAAGAGAAACAAAGACACAGAGAGCAAGAAAGCUAAUGUGACCGUAACCUCAAUGUCUGUUCAUUCUUCUGGGGAUGGACCCUUCCAUAUGCCACAGGAGCGUCCUCUAUCUGCCAGAGAGAGAAGACGACUGAGGCAGUCCCAAGACACGACCUGUCAUUCAGCUGCUGUAAGAGCACCUUGUGAUGUCACCACUUCCAAGGCUCAACGUGGCAAUGCUCCUGUAACCAGUUCUAUUUCAGAUUUCAUUACCGAGACCACUAAGAGGGAAAAACUGCUGGAGCGAAGGUCAGAUGAAGAAGAGUGCGGCUCAUCCACAAGCUCCACAGAGCAUUCAGAGGGAGAUGGCAGAGAAAGAAGAGCCGAAUCCAAAGACAUGCAGGAGUUAGUCCACAUGAUGACCCAAACUUUGAGGAUGGUCGGUGGAGACGGCGCAAACGAGGUGGACAACAGCGAAUUUGGCUCCACAGCGUCACCAGAGUUCAAACUUAACAGGAAGUACAGAGACACCCUGGUGCUUCACGGAAAAGCUCGGCAGGAAGCAGAGAACUUGUCACUUGGUGAAAUUCCAAUAGGCUCCUCAUCAGGUCCAGCCAAGAUCAGGAGGGCCAUUGAGCUCCUGAGAACUGAUGUGGUGAAGGGUCUGGGCGUCAAGCUGUUGGAUAAAGUCCUGGAAAUUAUGGAGGAGGAGGAUGACAUUAAACGAGAACUGUGCCUGCGUCAGCAGAUGGGAGAUGAAAAGUAUCAAGCUUAUGCUGUGAUGGUGAGACAACUGAAAUUCUUUGAGGAGAUAGCCUUCAAGGUUUAAAGGAAAGAAAAUAAACACUUACCUUGUGACAACUUUUACCAAGAAGGCAAGUGCCAUGACGCAUCUGUUGACACUCCUGCAUACAUAAACACUGAUGCUUAUUGGUGUCAUCAUUGCACUGAUAGCAUACACAAUAAUAUAAAUUACUGUACAUGUGUUUUCAUCAUGGGUGGCCGUAUCUUGUUACUGGCCCUUGGCAUAUUCUAAAAAUAAUUGUCAUUGAGAUAUAUUAUUAGAUAUUACACUAAUUUGCUUUGUUGCCUAAAAAAAUUGCCUAUUUUGACUUAUAUAGAUUUUUUUAGCAUCUUUUAAUGCACAAAAUACAUCAGUGGCGCUUACAUCCUUCAAUUUGUCUGUAUCCAGCCCUCUGUGAAACAAGUUUGGACACCCAUUGUUUAUAUUCUCUGUUGUAGUUGAAUGUAAUGAUUAUGCCUAUGCAAACAUCUUCAAUCAUGUGAAAAGGAAUCUGUCCUUUGACUUGCUCUAGUGGAAUACUUAAUUUAUCGUGAGCCAGAAUAUCACUCUAUGUUGCAGCUGUAUUGUAUCUUUUGCAGAUACGUAUUUUUCUUUGUCUUAUACACAAAUAGACACAUUUUGUGAUAGAUAUUAACAAGGAAAAUAUUUCUGAUAAACCCUUCCAUAAACAAAUAUGUUGAACUUGUCCACUAUUUGGAAUCUGUGGUUCUUGUUUCAGGCAAGUUUUCCUCUACAUGACAUACACACGCUCACAAUUUUCAUUUUGACAUUUUAUUGGACACACAUCUAUGUCAUCACUGUAACACUAGAACUUUUUUUUUUAAAUGCUGUAACUGUGGGCUGUGAGAUAAAUCAAAAUG